AUGAAGAUAUUCCAUAUACCCACCGGCAACUCUGCCGAGGAUGAGCAGAGCAGUAAACGCCACGCGAAGCGCUACCGCGUGUACUUCACGAUCCUGGCCGUCUGGGUCUCCCUGCUGCUUAUCCUGGUCACAAUUCUUACGCCAAUGCUGGUCUUGCAACGCCAGGAUACCGAACUCGAGCGCAUGCACCGGAAAGAGGAGAAGCAGCAGGCCAUGGCCUACGCCACAACUUUUCGCGACGCCAUCCUUGGCGCCAUCUCGGCCGUGUACGGGGUGGAGGGGUACAUCAUGGGGCUGAUGCAGUCGCUACCGAAUCUCAACGACACCCCUGCCGAUCGCGUGGCUGGCCAGUACUUUCCAAAGUUCUACGACUAUGCCGAGCUGGUCUCCUCCUCGUCGCCCCACAUCAGCCUAUUCGCGACCGCGCCAGGUGGCGUUUUACUGCAGGUGUACCCACUCGAGGACGAGAAAUUCAUGAAAAACUGGGACCUGCUCAACAGCUUCUCCGAGAACCACACGGACCCCGCCGCCGCGUAUCGGGAGGACCCCUUCACCACCAUAAAGACCGGCGCACUCGCCUUGACGGGGCCGUAUAAAAGCCCGGGCUUGCCGAUGCGAGGCUGGGACAGCAGCUCUGACGAGGCACACAACAUGUGGUGGGUCGACCUCCGCCAGCCGAUCUAUAACGCGACCUCGACAGCACUGAUUUCAAACUCGACGUUUUGGGGCUUCGGCAUCGUCUUCUUCAGCGUGGAUGGGCUCAUUCGGAAGAAAGGCUUUCCGGAGGCGAUGGACAGCCUGGGAAUGGCGUACAUCAUCUACGCGGUGAGCGUCAACGGCUCAGAUGGCUGCACGGUGAUCCUCGCAUCAUCGAUGUUCAACGGCGAGACAGACUGCAGUAGGCCGUUGAUGGCGGAAUUUCUCGACGAUGCGACCACCCGUGACGUCCUCAAGGAGAAGCUCUCAUGGAAGAUCGCCUUGAAGAGUAUGAAGCGGGUCAACCGUUUCACGCCCCGCGUGCGCGACACCAUUGUUAUCGCGUCCGUCAUCGGUGUUUUAUUCCUGUUUGUCCUCUUCAUGUACAUCAUUGUGCGAUGCACGCGGGUGUACGACGGCGCUAAGCACGCGCCCAAGAUGGCACCCUUCGCCAUGCUCACCAUCGGCCCCUGCCGCGGCGAGGAGCUCUGGGACCUCGCGUCGGAUCAGAUGGUGGAGGUGACGGAGCGUCUUGGCCAUGUCCUGGCUCGGCAGAUGGUACGCUAUCACGCCUACCAGAUCCAGCAGGUGCACCCGCUCGCCACAUCGUACGUCACGCGCAGCGUCGCCGCCGCUGUGCAGAUGGCCUUCAGCACCAUCGAGGAGCUCUACAACUUUCCCAUCGACGAACCCCUGCGCCGCCUGCUCGGCGAUGAAGGCCGUCUGCUGCUGUCCUACGCCGUGCACUGGUGCACCGACGCUGCCGUGCGCAUGGAAGUGAUGGAUGGUGGCUUCCGCUACGAGGGUCCUGACGUCGUGUACGGUGGCCGCAUGUGGGUGUUUGCUGGUCCGAACGUGGUCACUGUGUCGCAGGCGGCGCUGCCGAGCACGACGUGCAUGCCGCAUGUAAAGAGCAAGCUGUUCGACUCGGUGUUCCUGCGCGGUGUCACAACUCGCCAGGACCUCUACGUCGUCACGGAUACUUCGAACCAUUCUCUGAAGGAGGCGGAGGCCUUCGCGGCGGAUCAGCUGCGCCGUGCACGGCAAGCGCAGCUGCAGUACGCGGCUGACAAGGAGGCGGGGCUGGGCAACACCGGCUACACGCAGUGCAACCGGCUGCUCACCUCCUACCCGCGGAUGGGGUACGAUAGCAGUGACUUGGACAGCAGCUCCUUUGUGCGCGAGGCCUCCGCGUAUAGCGAGGGCGCCGCCACUGUCAGUGGCAACGACAGCAAUCUCAUCUCCGUCGUAAACAGUGGUGGGGGCCAGGUGGCUUCUGGCGCUGCGAAAAGGGGUGCUCGCAAGGAGGGUGUGGCGGCGGUGGGCGCGCCGCCCACCGCCAUCGUCGUGCCGGCCUCCACGCCGGACAAAGCACUGGUCGUCGCCGGCGCGGACGGGUCGGCAUCGUCGCGCGCGAUGCCGCAGCAGCGCAUGAGUUGCCGUCCGCCUCGGGAUCUCGCAGCAGCCAAUGGCGUUUCGGGGUCGUCGAGGUCGUCCUCCAGCGCGUCGAGCGCGCGGUCUGAAAAGGAGAUGUCGCCCCAGGAGCCGCAGACGCCACCCCUGCCGCCCAUCUCAUCGGAGGUAUCUGUCGCCGCAGCGGCCGGCACUGUCCGGCCACGGCGCGGGCAGAACAACGCCCACACCGCUCCAGGCGCGAGCAAGAGUGGGAGCAACAGCAUCGGCUGCAAGGACAACUGUAGCGCCAUCCCUGCAGCAAGCGGCGUGCGUCACCACGACCUGCUCUUUACCAACCCGCUUGUUGUCGUCCCGCCGGCGAUCACGGUGGCUGCAGCGGCGCACGGACUGUGCGGCGGCUCGGCUUCCACUACGCCCAUCUCCAGCGAGUCGACUGGCGGGCGACACAGCAACUUUCCGACCUGCGGCGACAACCCACUCGCACACAGCACCACCGCCGCCGCCGAGAAGGUUGACGCACUCCCUGGAGGCAGUACACAGGUGGCCUGUAUGUCAGGCAACAGCGAAGACAACGCUGCGCUGCAGGGUGGCGCGCCGGCGCUGGACAACUUCAGCAGCGACCUGCUGCUGCGCCCCGCCAUCUCAACCCAGUCAGACCUACUGCUCCGCGCGGUGUUUGAUCGGCAGGCUGUCGCGCUCGACCUGAGCUACGACUCUGUGCGGGUGCUGGUCUACUACUUCUACUCCAGCUACAAGAUCCUGUUCCGCCCGCUGGCCGCGUCGGAGCUGCACAACAUCUACCGUCGGCUGAUGACAGCCUUCGGCGUGCCGCAGCAGGGCAUCCUCGAGCACCUGGCCGCGCGCUGCGCCACUCGCUUCCUUCAACGACAUGAGGAGACGCAGACUCUCUUGUGGGAUCAGCAGCACCGGUUGCAGGUGCACAUCCGGUCUCCUAGCGCGACCGCAGCCACAGCGACGUCCGUCUCUGACGACGGCGUGACGAGCACCUCCAGCUAA